AUGCACUCCCAUCGCGGCUCUAUCCUCCUCGCCAACUAUGCCAACCUUCUCCGCGAGACACUUAUCCUCAAAUCCACCGUAGAAGCAAACCAAGCAAUGGUGUCCAGCCUACCCGACCUCUCUUCGGCCUUAACCAAGGUUGUCGCAGACCUUUUCGCAUUGAUCCAAGAUAUACGCACAACUAUGGAGGUUUUGCAAGGGGCGAAGGGCGGAAUCGUUGUGUUCUUUUUAGUCAGGAAGGAGGAGAAGAGAUAUAAGAAGCUAGUGCUAGUGUACAACGGGGCAGGCGAAGCAGCCGCAGAAAUUGUCGACAUGGCAAAUGCGACGAGCCGAUAG